AUGACAGACUUUGGAGAGAUUCUAAGGAACAUUGGGGAAUUUGGAUUAUUCCAGAAGAUCACUCUAAUUGCACUUUGCUUUCCAAACUUUGUUCAGACUUUUCUCUUUGCCAGUUUUGUUUUCAUCCAAUCAGAUCCAGACAGACACUGCAGCACAGACUGGAUCCUCAGUGCUGCUCCUAACCUGACCUCAGAGGAGCAGCUCAACCUGACCGUGCCUCGGGAGGAGGAUGGGACCUUCAGCAAGUGUGAGAUGUUUGUCCCAGUGAGCUGGGACAUUGAUACUAUCAGAGAGUACAGACUCAAUGAGACCACAGGGUGCCAGGAUGGAUGGGUGUAUGGGAACAUGCUCUAUAAAGCCACCAUAGUCACUGAUUUUGAUCUAGUGUGUGGCCAGGCCAGCUUGGUGGAAGUGAUUCAAGCAAUGUUCAUGGCUGGAGUUCUUGUUGGUUCUCUCGUAUUUGGACCUUUUGCUGAAUCGUAA